GACAAAUUCCGAUGGCGACCCCGUCAUCUCGUGGAAGCCUUGCAGAACGUCACCGAAACAACGCAUGGCUAGAGCUCGGCCGCAUGCUGCGAAGCUUUAUAUCUUAAUCACCACUAACCUCAUCACUUACUCCGUAUACUAGAUCGCGCCUGGGAAUCAUCCAACCCUCGCACCGCCUGAACAUCUCGCCACUCCCUACAACGCUUCCACCAUGGCUGAAGCCAACACCACAUCUGCGCCAACGCCCUCCGGCUCCGACAUCGAAAUAACCCUCACCCACCACGGCAAAGCAAUUGCAUUAUCCUUCGCCCAAGAUGCCACAAUCUCCGACCUUUCGGAACGCGUCGUAAACGACUUGUCAAUACCGCCCUCCAACCAAAAGUUCCUUGUAGGCGGGAAGAUCGGGCUCCAAAAGCCACCCUUCAAGAACGCCUCGCUUCCACUCACCGAGCUCGUCGCAAAGAAAGUAACCCUGAUGGGCAGCACAACCGAAGCCGUCUCCUCCCUCAACAAUACCAUAUCCGCCGCCUCCGCACCCCGCCGUCCGGGACCUAUCAAAGCCGCCCUGCCAGCGCGCAACCGCGAUUACAAGAAGAUACAAGAAGAGGCGCAAUAUACUUUUCACACCCUGCGGCCGUUACCGUAUCUUCCAAAUCCAGAUCGUUCGUUAAGGUUUCUUCAACGGCUGAGAGACGACGCGGGGAUUAAAGCUGCAAUGCGCACGCACAAAUUCAGCGUGCCUCUUCUUACUGAGAUGGAUCCUGCUAUGCAUACUACAAUGGAGAGUCGGACACUGGGGUUGAACAGAAAUCAAGGCGAAGUCAUCGAGUUACGCCUCCGCACAGAUGCCUACGACGGGUAUCGCGAUUAUAAAACUAUACGGAAUACGCUGUGCCAUGAGUUGGCGCAUAACGUCUGGGGCCCACACGAUCGCAACUUCUGGAACUUGUGCAAGCAGAUUGAGCGGGAGGUUGCGAGGGAUGAUUGGAAAAGUGGCGGAAGGAGUGUAGGAAACGACGAGUUUUAUAAUCCGGGAGAUGAUGGAGGGGAGGAGGUGCAUGAUCAUGGGGGUUGGACUGGAGGUGAGUUUACGCUGGGGAGUGCAGGAGGAGAUGGGAAGGUGGGUGGGAGUAGUAGUAGUAGUGCGACGGGUGGGUUGAGCAGGAGAGAAGUGCUUGCAAAGGCAGCGGAAGAAAGGUUCAAAAAGACGAAGGAGGUGGAGAAGGAGGAGGACGCUGGUGAGAGCGCGAGUGGCGGAUCCUGAGUGUGUGGUCGUAGAUGGUCUUGUAGGUGCGCGUAUACCCUUUGAUUGCGCAGUUGUAGUAGAGAAGCGUAAGUUGUAAGUCAAGUUACUUCGCUGUGUAUGCCAUGUUACCCAUUUCAACAUCCACUUCACCUUUUCCAAUAACUCCAUUUCUCGUGUCGGUUUUCGUUCUUGUCGGCCAAUGGCGC